CUUUGUUUGUGGGAAUCUAACUGCGUCAGUAUUAAUUUCGAAGAGAAAACAAGGAGCUGUGAGUUGAACAAUGCAACUCAUCGAGGGUAUGGUUAUCACCUGGAGGACGAUGCCGACUACGUAUACCAUGGAGCAGAUGUAAGAGUACAUCAUAAGAUUUAGACUUAGAUUUAGAUUUAGCCAAGCUAAAAGCGAAGCUCUCGUGGGAACUUUGAAGAAAUGUCUUUCUGAAGUAAAGUUUUCUAAGCCUGCGAUCAGUUGAAUACCAUAACUGGGCAGCAGAAAAAUUGAAUAAAACACGUCACCUCAAUGAAUUUUUCACCGACGCCCGCGAGACAGUCAUGUGACACUGUUCAGCAGAUACCCUAUUGUGACAGCUGUCAUUAGAUCAUAUAGGGAUGUGCACUAUUGUAUAUGCCUUGGAAACCUAGCUAGUAAUGCACAGUCAUUACAAGAAAAUAGCCAAUCAGAGAGCGCAUACUAUUGUAGACGUAAUAAAUUCUGCAAGCAGAAUACUGCAAUGCUGAUCGUACUACGUGAAAAUUAACUCUGCAAGACAUCAACACGACACCGAAAGAACUCAAAACAGAGCGGGAUGUAGCCAUAGACAGCUGUUUCGGCCUCUUUGGGGCUCGUCAGUAUGGCGUAACAACCAGAGAUCAGGCUCUGAUGAAAAAAUAUCCGCGCACUCUGAUUUUAGUCCUGACCCAGAACUCCUAACACCCACAGAAUCACUCUAUACCACGUGUCUUCUGGGGGGUAAGAGUCCAAGUGUCAAGUUGAUGUCUCGCAGAGAAAAUAAAAAAUUGGCCACAACCAACCUAGAAAACACGGGACAAAACCAUGCAAGAAAUACAGCAUAGGUCCAUACUAUUGUAGCCUUGUAAAAAAUUAAAACAGACUUGCCCACUUAAUACCCACACUCUCUUUCCUGUAUGCAGAUCGGAUGCAGAAAUAGACAAAAGCACGACUACUCGGCAGAUUUAGUCAACACAACGGCAAAUGUGAACAUGAUAGAGCGUGGAAAGGUCAAAGGGAAUUGUAGAGCUUAAUUAGCCUCUCUGCCAUGGGUCAUUUCGGUUUUUAGAUCAGCGCGAGCCUAUGUCACUGUCGUCACAUUGUCUAAUUUGCCAUAUCUGCCGACUGUCAUUUGUUUGUGGAGGAAAUUUUCGCAUGUCUUUCCCAGACAAGUUUCACUUUGAUUACUUAGAUUGCUACAUCAUUUAAUACCUUUUCAUCUCAUUCACCGUUCAUUUGUUUCUUGAAAGAGUGCUUGUGACGUCAAUCCAUGCCAUAACAAUUCUACCUGCCAGUCGGGAUUUACAGACCAACGGUAUCGUUGUGUAUGUGCGCCGGGUUUUACCGGCGAAGAUUGUGGACAGGGUAAGAAUAAUUAAAUAGAAAACGAUUUUGUUUUUCUACCAUUCCUUCUCACACCAUUACCUGAAGGAUGCCGCUGAUUAAGAAUUAUUUUAAGAGCCAGCUUUGAUUUCAUUUGUUUUUGUUAGGCAGAAGAAGUAAAAUAAAGCGAGGGAGUACUCUGUAUGAACCUUUGCUCACAACUUUGUGAGGUCGUCAGGACGAACGAAAGCGUACCCGGGGACAAUUAAGGGGGCAGAACAGACUAGUAGCCAGUUGCAAUUUAUGUGUUUUGGGGGUGAGAGAAGAUUGGGGGUUAGGUUGAGGCGCGCGCGGGGUGUUAUGGGAAGGGACGAAGGAAAAAUAGCGUCCCUUCCCAUGAGACCCCGCGCGCGCCUCAAUCUAACCCCCAAUCUUCUCUCACCCCCAAAACACAUAAAUAGCGACUGGGUACGAGUCUGGGGGCAGAAUAUUGCUUUGUGGAAAGAACAAAAAGAGCGCGCAUGGCCUUCCUAGUUUUCUUGGCAACCAAGGUAAAUGGGAACUUAAAUACUCCUUUUCCCCUCCCUCUCACACAGAUUGUAGCUACACACGCAAUUUUUUGUUACAAGAGUACAACUGACAAAGUACUUUUUCAUGACAAAACAAAUGAAACAAUGAUUAUUUGUUCUUGGUUCAGAAAUAUUCUGAUUCACAGACUGACAUGACUAUGAAUUAGGCGUUGUUUCGAGACAAUUCAGUGGGAUCGCUGGGCUGUUGUUUGCUUGCUAGCUUUAAGCGAGCAACUUCUUUCAGAUUUAGUCCUGUAUCGUUUAUUAUUAUACAGAUUUUUUUCCUUAUCUCAAAUAUUUCAAUUUGCCCAGAUAUUGACGAAUGCAGUGUCUUUUCUUCCAUCUGUGAUAUAAAUGCCAUCUGUCGGAAUAGUGAAGGAUCUUACCUAUGUUCGUGUAAGGAGGGGUUUGCUGGUGAUGGCAAGCUUUGCAAAGGUAAAGCGAAUAACCUAUAA